GUGUAAUUAAAAUUAUACGAAAAAAAUAAAAAGUUUGGUUUCAUACUUUCAUCUUCACAGCGUGAGCUGAAAAUGAAAUGAGAUUUUGAGACUUACCUCUCUCUGUAAGACGCCACCUCUCAGCUUUGAUCCGAUCAAUUCAAAUGAGAUGGCAUCUCCAAAUAAUGUCGAGUUGGAGGCUGCCAAGUUUCUACAUAAACUUAUUCAAGAUUCUAAAGAUGAGCCAGCCAAGCUGGCUACUAAACUCUAUGUGAUACUACAACAUAUGAAAUCGAGCGGGAAGGAACAUUCAAUGCCAUAUCAAGUGAUAUCAAGGGCGAUGGAGACUGUCAUCAACCAACAUGGUCUUGAUAUCGAAGCAUUGAAGUCAUCACGUCUUCCUUUGACUGGUGGUCCUCAAAUAGGAUCUUCUUCACAAGCAGUGGGUGGUGCACAGGAUUCCAGAGCAGGCUUGGCUGAAAACGAGGCUCCCAAAAUGGAACCCUUUGCAUCUGGUCGACCACCAAUUGCCCCAACUGGAGGAGCUCCUGAUUAUUAUCAAGGAACUGUAGCUCAGAGGAGUAAUCAAUCUUUUGAUCAAGAAAGUCCAUCUAGUUUGGAUUCUAGGUCUGCUAACUCACAGUCACAAGACAGACGUGAUACUGCCAAUCGGGACAAACAGGUGAAUCAAAAGGAUGGUAAGAAAGCUAUCACAAAAAGAAAGAGGGGAGAUUCAACGUCACCGGUGGAAAUGCAUGUUGACAGUUCUUCUCUAGUGGAACCUCGCAACACUGGUGUUAAUACAAGGAAGGGUAAAAUGACCAAGGCUGAACCAUCAGAUGGUAAUCCAGUUAAAAGUGGUGAAAUGACCAACUUUAACAUGGCUUCAAAUAAUAGUCAAUUGGAGAAUAUUUCGACCUUGUCCGGUAACAUGAAAACAAUGCUUAGGGCAAACCAAGAAGGUCAUCAUUUAUUGGGAAAGCAAACCGAUUUGACAAAGAUUGGCAAUCCAAUGGCGCGAGCUCCAAAUUCGAAGUAUCCAGAAGACAUGGAAGUUUCCUCUGCACAUAUUGCUCCCGGGAAGCUGCAAGGUGCUUAUACUAGGGCUCAUGGAGGAAUGGCGGUUCCUUCUAAUGUGUCUGCCAUGAAUGAACCGGUUUUCUCAAGCUCAAUGCAAUAUGGUGGUCCUCUUGAUCGUGAUGGGGGGAAUUCAACUACUUUAGCUGAUGGACAUAAAAUAUCUCAGAUUGGCAGACAAAAUAGUGGCUCAGAAAUGACUAUGCUUAGACAAAGUAUCCCCCCUAGAGAUACAGGAAAAUCCCCCAUCCCUGCUGCUGCAUCAUCUACUAUGCCUUUCAAAGAACAACAGUUAAAACAGCUUCGAGCUCAGUGCCUUGUUUUUCUAGCAUUUAGAAAUGGUUUAGCGCCAAAGAAACUACAUCUUGAAGUUGCAUUUGGAACCACUUUUUCUAAUCAAGAUGGUUCUAAUAAAGAUCAGAAUGACCCCAAAGGAAAGUCACAGUCUCUCCAUGAACCUGGUAACACACCAGGGGUCAUAAUGCCAUUUGGAAGUUCGAGCAAUGUGAGACAGACUGAUAAAAACCCUCCAGGGUCCUCCUCUGCCGGAAAUUUUCUGGAGGCCGAGUCUUUGGUGAUGGGAACUAAGAGCCCAAGAAUGUUAGAAGACAAAGGUAACCUUCAUUCUGACAUCCAGACAUCUUCAGAAGACAGAAAACAUCUAGCCGCAAAAAGAGAUGUUGAAAGACGAAUCCAAGAUAGAGUGGUUGCACAAUCUUCUUCAGCCACUCCAUACCAGCAGAAAGAUUCUUCAAGUACAAGGGGUAUUGUUGGUAAUAGUCAUUUGGAUGAUGUUGACAAUGGUAACCUGCAGGCUGGAAGGGCUAACCAACCUUCUGUUGUAGGCCCGAAUAACUGGACUGGAUUUACUGGUCCUAGUGAGGCUUCAAAAGGUUCUCCACAGGUCUCCACUAUUCAACAUGAGCUGCCUAUUGAAAGAAGAGAGAAUAUUCCUAGUCAGUUUCACAAUUCUAUUAAGCACUUGAAUUCUUAUUCUUUACAAGAGCACUGGAAACCUGUUCCAGGGAUCAAUAGCAAUCCCCAUGGAGUAACCAUGAUGAAGGAUGGAAAUUUAUUGGGCAAAAAUGUUUCUGCAGAGCAAGGAGGGAAUGAGAGGUUAGUAUCAGCUGAUUUGUCACCUUCUCAAAAAUAUACAAUGUUAGAGAGAUGCAUUAUGGAUCAGCAGAAAAAGAGGCUUCUAGUUGAGCAAAAAUGGGUGCAAAAACAGCAGAAAGCAAACGAAAGAAUGACUACAUGUUUUCACAAGUUAAAGGAAAAUGUGAGCUCAAGUGAAGAUAUUUCUGCUAAAACAAAAAGUGUCAUAGAGUUGAAAAAACUUCAAUUAUUAGAGCUCCAACGUCGACUUCGGAGUGAUUUUCUGAAUGAUUUUUUCAAACCAAUUACAACUGAGGUGGAACAUUUGAAAUCGAUUAAGAAACAUAGGCAUGGUAGGAGAGUCAAACAACUUGAAAGGUAUGAACAGAAAAUGAAGGAAGAACGACAAAAACGGAUUCGCGAGAGGCAGAAGGAGUUUUUCAGUGAGAUAGAAGUUCACAAGGAAAAACUUGAUGAUGUAUUCAAAAUCAAGAGAGAACGGUCGAAGGGUUUCAAUAGAUAUGUGAAGGAGUUCCACAAAAGAAAAGAACGUAUUCAUCGUGAGAAAAUUGAUAGAAUCCAGCGGGAGAAGAUUAAUUUGCUAAAAAUAAACGAUGUGGAAGGUUAUCUUCGAAUGGUACAGGAUGCAAAAUCAGAUCGUGUGAAGCAACUCCUUAAAGCGACUGAAAAGUACCUUCAAAAGCUUGGGUCCAAGCUUCAGGAAGCAAAGGCUGCUGCAGGGCGUUUUGGGCAUGACGUGGAUGAGACAGGAAGUACCAGUUUUCUUGAGAAUAGUGAAACUACUUUGGUAGACGAGGAUGAGAGUGAUCAGGCAAAGCAUUACAUGGAAAGUAAUGAGAAGUAUUAUAAGAUGGCCCACAGUAUAAAGGAGAGCAUUGCAGAGCAGCCAUCUAGUCUGCAAGGCGGAAAAUUAAGAGAAUAUCAAAUGAAUGGUCUGAGGUGGCUGGUUUCGUUAUAUAACAAUCAUUUGAAUGGAAUCCUCGCCGAUGAAAUGGGACUUGGUAAAACAGUUCAGGUGAUUUCUCUAAUUUGCUACCUGAUGGAAACCAAAAAUGAUAGAGGACCAUUCCUUGUGGUCGUACCCUCUUCUGUUCUACCUGGUUGGGAGUCAGAGAUAAACUUUUGGGCUCCUAGUGUUAAUAAAAUUGUCUAUGCUGGACCGCCAGAGGAGAGGCGUCGGUUAUUCAAGGAAAGGAUUGUUCACCAGAAAUUCAAUGUUCUUUUGACAACAUACGAAUAUCUGAUGAACAAGCAUGAUAGACCAAAGCUGAGCAAAGUGCAUUGGCACUAUAUAAUAAUUGAUGAAGGUCACCGCAUAAAGAAUGCUUCUUGCAAGUUGAAUGCUGACUUGAAACACUACCAGAGCUUUCACAGAUUGCUGUUAACUGGAACACCAUUGCAGAACAAUCUUGAAGAACUCUGGGCACUACUUAACUUCUUGUUGCCUAACAUAUUCAAUUCAUCAGAGGAUUUCUCUCAAUGGUUUAAUAAGCCAUUUGAGAGUGCUGGAGAUAACUCACCCGAUGAAGCUUUACUGUCUGAGGAGGAGAAUCUCUUGAUCAUUAAUCGUCUGCACCAAGUUUUGAGACCAUUUGUACUUCGGAGGCUUAAACACAAGGUUGAAAAUCAGCUGCCUUCGAAGAUUGAGAGACUUAUAAGAUGCGAGGCGUCUUCAUAUCAAAAACUUUUGAUGAAGAGAGUGGAAGACAAUCUUGGUUCUAUUGGCAAUUCAAAGUCUCGAUCAGUACACAACUCUGUCAUGGAGCUUCGAAAUAUAUGCAAUCAUCCUUAUCUCAGCCAGCUGCAUGCAGAGGAGGUAGAUAACUAUAUACCCAAGCAUUAUCUGCCGCCAAUUAUUAGACUUUGUGGGAAGCUUGAGAUGUUGGACCGCUUAUUACCUAAAUUGAAGGAAACAGAUCACCGGGUUCUUUUCUUUUCGACGAUGACUAGGCUUUUGGAUGUUAUGGAAGAAUACUUAACUUUAAAACAGUAUCGGUACCUCCGGUUAGAUGGGCAUACAUCAGGAGGUGAUCGCGGUGCUCUGAUUGAUCUAUUUAACAAACCUGAUUCUCCAUAUUUUAUCUUCUUACUCAGCAUUCGAGCCGGUGGUGUUGGAGUGAAUCUUCAAGCUGCUGAUACAGUGAUUUUAUUUGACACCGAUUGGAAUCCCCAGGCAAUGAUAUUUCUUUUUAUGGUUUUCUAUAUUAUUAUUAUUAUUAUUGUUGUUGUUGUUGUUGUUGUUAUUAUUAUUAUUAUUAUUAUUAUCUCUUUGUUGGUAUGUUUUCAGGUUGACCUGCAAGCCCAGGCAAGGGCUCAUAGAAUUGGUCAAAAGAAGGAUGUUCUUGUUCUUCGCUUUGAAACAGUACAAACUGUUGAAGAACAAGUCAGAGCUUCAGCUGAGCAUAAACUUGGCGUUGCUAAUCAGAGCAUUACUGCUGGAUUUUUUGACAAUAAUACAAGUGCUGAAGAUCGAAGAGAAUACUUGGAAUCCCUUUUGCGUGAGUGUAAGAAAGAAGAGGCUGCACCUGUUUUGGAUGAUGAUGCUCUAAAUGAUGUCUUAGCUCGCAGUGAAUCAGAGUUAGACGUGUUUGAGGAUAUUGACAGAAAAAGGAAGGAAUAUGAGCUGGCUACAUGGAAGAAAUUGAUGCUUGGACAAGCAGCUGAUGGCUCUGAUGUUGUUAUUCCUCCCCUUCCUUCUCGACUUGUCACUGAUGAAGACCUGAAACAGUUCUACGAAGCAAUGAAGAUAUCUGAAGAUGUGCCUAAGCGUGAGGUAGAAUCUAAUGGAGUAAAACGAAAGGGAGGUGGUCUUGGGGGCCUUGAUACGCAACAUUAUGGCAGGGGAAAACGUGCAAGAGAGGUACGUUCAUAUGAAGAGCAAUGGACAGAAGAGGAGUUUGAGAAGUUGUGUCAGGCUGAAACACCAGAUUCACCCAAAGUAAAAGUGGCAGAGCUGAGCUAUCCAACCAAUACAUCCAGCUCUGGUGUAUCUGCUACUGUCACACAACCUGCACCUGUGCCCCGAGUGGCCCCAAUAUUGCCACCUGUCGAGAGUUUACCAGUACAGCAUGUUAAAGAGAUGACACCGCCGGCAAAACGUGGCCGCGGAAGACCAAAAAGAAUUGCUUCAGAUAAGUCACCAGCUGCAAUAAUCCCUCCAAUACCUUCUGGAAUUGUUGAAGUAGAUAUGCAGUCAAACAAGGGAAAUAUGUCUGUACAUUUAACAUCCUCUGCUUCUGAUUCAGUUGGUCAUUCUGCUCAAGUUACAGGUGUGGGCGGACCUAUACAGCAGUCUACUACAGGAGUGGUUGCUAACGUACCUCCUGCCACUCCUAUGCCUACUAUUCCACUUAAUUCUCGGUUAGCUGCAACUCCUAUGCCUACUAAUUCAGGACCUAUGCCGCAGUCUAAUACAGAAGUGGCUGCUAACACACUACCUGCCACUCCUAUGCCUUCGCAGUCAGCUGCUGCUUCUGUUUCUGCACCUAUUCAAGCUAAAGGACAAGGACGGAAAACACAGAGUGGUGGAGAAGGGCAUAGACGUAGAGGGAAGAAGCAGGCUGUGAUGUCACCUCCUGUACCUGGUGGUUCUGUUGGUCCUGAUGUAAAGGUCAAUGAGCAAUUGGAAGAUAAAUUAGUAAGUCCUUCUUCAGGUCAGGGUAUUCCCCAGAGUGAAACGCCUUCUUCAGGUCAGGGUAUUUCCCAGAGUGAAACACCUUCUUCAGGUCAGGGUAUUUCCCAGAGUGAAACGCCUUCUUCAGGUCAGGGUAUUCCCCAGAGUGAAACGCCUUCUUCAGGUCAGGGUAUUCCCCUGAGUGAAACGCCUUCUUCAGGUCAGGGUAUUCCCCAGAGUGAAACUGUUCCUAGCUUUGCUGCUGUACACGCUCCAACUACCGUUUCAGGUUCUGCUUCUUCAAACUUUGGAAACGAUAAUUUGGGUGUUGGGGUUGUUUUGAAUUCUCAGCUAUCCCUUCCUUUGCCCUCUGUUUCUACUGUGGCUCAAACUGCCCCCAGUUAUCCAUCCGUACAGAUGCAAAGUAAAGGGGGGCAAGUUAGAAAGUCACAACUUAGUGCUGGAGCUUCUCGGCGUAGAGGAAAGAAACAGGCAACAAUGUCAUCACCAGUUCCAGUUGUUUUAGGUGUUUUAUGUCAUCAGGACAUGGAUCAAACUCCUAAUUUACCAAUUUCACCAGGCAUUGUAUCAGGUGAUAAAGCCACUGAAUUGAAAAGCUUGCAGGAGAACAAUGUUCAAGAAUCAAAAUGUAUCGUCCAGGAUCAAGCAUCACAAAGUAAUCGGGAUUUAAAAUCAUUGGAAGGAUCAGACGAUGCCCAGCAGGCAGUGGUCUUGCCUUCGUGUAAAGAUAGUAGUCAUAGUACAUUCAAUUCUCCAGGGCAAGAUUUAGAGAAGGCUAAGCAUGCUGAUGUUCAUGAUUCUUCUGUGAAGAUUAAAUCUUCUGAAGCCACCCCCACUCCUUCUAAAGUUGAAGUUUGCACUAAUUCAGGGAAUGGAAAUUUAUUUGUCAAAACAUUGGCUACUAUUGAGGUUACAAAAGAUCAAUUUUCGGAUGGUAAAACUCAUCAAACAGUUGUAACUUCAAAAACCUCCCCUUUGGUUGUCGACACUUCAACUACUUCCUUGGCUGGUAGUGCAGCUACAGAAAGCAUUAGUCAAUCUGUAGAUCCUGGGACUACAAAGAUUGUUCCCAGUAUAUCAAGCACUACUUAUCCUUCUACACCAGGCUCUGAAUCUUAUCCAAGCUCAUAUGAAUCUUUGUCAGCCAAAAGGCAAGGUCGUAAAACUCAAAACAGAGUGCAGCCACCACGGCGCCGGGGAAAAAAUUCAGCUCCAGUUUUACCUGUUGUUCCCGUUGCUCUUGUUGCCCAAGAUCCUAAAUUAAUUCAACAUGCCCAGAGUUCAUCAGUGAAUUCAUUGGUGGGCAAUGCCACCAAUUCUGCUCAAAAUAAGCAACAGAAAGUCGCAUCGAUAAGGACUGACAGUGCACCUGUAUCCUCAGAUAAGAUUCCUGCUUUUGGCAGAAUACCUAAUGUCAAUGAUGUUGCACGGGUAAUGAAGGAAGUUUUCUCUGGAACUUGUUUGCCAAAACCUAAAGCACAUGAUCCUAUUGGGAACGAAGAUAGAAACACACCUUUUAUACAUGUCACGUCUAAAGCUGCAGUGGAUGCCUCUGGUAGCCAGAGUGUGGAUGAUAAAGCUUGUUCUGAUACAGCAACUGCUGGGGCAGCGUGCCAUAAUGUUACUGUUGCAGUGAAUGAUCAUGAAAAACAAUCAGAAGCGGCAUCCAAUAUGCAGAGUCCAGAAGUAAAAUCAAGUUUAGAUAUGCCAACUGCUGGAGCACUGAGCCCAACACCAGCCUUGCCAGUGAAUGAGAACAAGCAACAAUCCAGCAUUGUAUCUGACAAAAAAGUAGUUCUUGAGAAUGUGGCUCUGCCUAAUGUCAGUAAGCCUGAAACUAUUUGUUAUGGUGAAGUUAAAGAAAAGGAUGAACAAACACAACAUUAUAUUGGAAACUCAACUACUCAGAGUGAAAUGAAGGCUCUUGAUAUAUCUCCACUUAAUGAUGGCCAAAAGAUUGACAGCUGUUCUGAGAGGCUUCCUACUGGUUGUGGCUCCACUGAUUUAAGUACAGAGACCUCCCCCCAUCAGAUAGGUUCAUCUACGAUUUCUAAACCAAGUUUAGAUAUGCCAACUGCUGGAGCACUGAGCCCGACACCAGCCUUGCCAGUGAAUGAGAACAAGCAACAAUCCAGCAUUGUAUCUGACAAAAAAGUAAUUCUUGAGAAUGUGGCUCUGCCUAAUGUCAGCAAGCCUGAAACUAUUUGUUAUGGUGAAGUUAAAGAAAAGGAUGAACAAACACAACAUUAUAUUGGAAACUCAACUACUCAGAGUGAAAUGAAGGCUCUUGAUAUAUCUCCACUUAAUGAUGGCCAAAAGAUUGACAGCUGUUCUGAGAGGCUUCCUACUGGUUGUGGCCCCACUGAUUUAAGUACAGAGACCUCCCCCCAUCAGAUAGGUUCAUCUACGAUUUCUCCUGGUGCUGAACCUCUUUUGGUGGAUGAUCAUAAUCUUGGAAGCCAAUCUGACUCUUUAGAGAAGUGUUCAAGAUCUUCUCCCAUUGAUAUUCAUGGCACAGAAUGCCCAGUAAUUCCAUUGGCACCAGAAAAUUUUAGUAAUAAUCCCGAGUCUGUUCAGGCUGAUAUCUGCAUUCAGAGUCAUUCCUCUGCAAACAAAGCUCCUGAUAUCACAGAGGACACUUAUAAUGAAAAAUUGGAGCCUUCUGAACCAUCUUCGUCCUUUGCUUGUGCUGAUGAUUCUAGGUUAUUGGGUCAGGCUGAAAUUUUGAGUGAUCAACCAAAAGUGACACCACCUAGUCCUGCAACAGAUCCUCAUUCAAGGACAAUGGUACUCUCUUGUAUUUCUGAAAGUGCUGAAAUUAAUUCUAGAAGUGAAACUGACUCAUCUUUAAAAGCGUCUUCUGAACUCUCUCCUGAAGAGGGAAUUGUUGGGUAUAAAAUUUCUGCAUCUGCUGACCAUGAUAGAAAUAGUACUGCUGAGCCUCCGAAUUUGAGCUUGGAUCCUGCAUCACCUUUGCUGGAUCCUGAGAGUCGGAUUAGAAAUCAUUCUCCAAAGGCAUUAGAAACCUCCGUGAAACAGCAUUCAGAGCCAGUUUCUGAAAAGGGAGGUCUUGAAAGCCCCAAAGCUGUUCAAGCUCAGAUGCAUCCAGAUGCAUCAGUACCUGCUGAUCUGCGUGACAUGCCGCUGGUUGAGAGCUUUUCGGAGUCCCUCUCCCAGGAAAGAAGGGAUAUGGGCGAUUCAGUAAGUGAAGCUGUUGUCACCGAUAUAGUGGGUGUUUCCGGAAUUGAUAGUAUUGGGGGAGGAAAUUUGUCUGAAACUGCAGUUCUGCCCCCAUUGACCUUGGUAGAAGAGCAAAAUAGGGGCUUAGUCCCGCUAGAGGAGUCAAUGGAGAAGGCCGUGGUUAAAUGCUCUGGAGUCCAGGAGGAAGCAAAAGUUGAUAAAGUGGAAACUGAUGAUCAAAUGGACUCAUUCACAAAGGGCGUAUGUACCAGUUCAUCAUCAUCAGAUAAUUCGAAAGAUUCUAAAAUUGAGCAGGGUGAUCACUGUAUAUUUGAGAUUGGAGAUGAUACAUUGAAGAGCUUAUCACCUUCGGUAAAGAAGGAAGAGGGGUUCAGUUCAUUGGGUAAUGAUUGUUCAGAAGGCCAUUCAAUGUCUCCAAGGGUUUCAUUGUGCUCUGAUGACUCAUUUGGUAAACCGGGCGUUCGUCAAGUUGAUGAAUUAAUAACUGUCACAGAUACUGUCCAGCCGUCAUUAUCCCAAUUGAAAGAGGAAGAUAAUAUUGGGGUGUCAUCUGAAAAUAAAUCAGUUGCGGUGUCUGUAUCACUGAAUGACACAGAGGGAUCCAAUGCAGAUCAGAAUAAUUGUUCUGAUAGGUUGCAAUCUGGCCAUAUUUUGCCAGAAAAUCAAGACUUGGAAAUCAAUAAAAGGACUGAAGAUUUCCCAGUGACUGUCAGCCACUCUAGUGAGUAUGAGUUCUCGAUGAAAGGCAAAAACUUAGAAGUUGAAAUUACUGAUCAAAUAGAUGCUACUCAGAUUUCUGAAGUUGAGGAUGAUCCACAAAGGCUUACUUCUAAAAACAUGGAUGCGCCGCUUUCUUGCUCACCAGUGAAGGAAGAUAAUGUUGAUCUGUCAAUUCAGGAAGAUAAUGUUGCUUCACCGCCUUCUUGCUUGCCGAUGAAGGAAGAUAAUGUUGAUGUAUUAAUUCAGGAAGAUAAUGUUGCUUCACCGCCUUCUUGCUCGCCGGUGAAGGAAGAUAAUGUUGAUGUGUUAAUUCAGGACGAAAAACUAGAUCCUUUGAUUCUAGAGGGGAGUAGUAGUGAUGGCACCAAGGAUUCUAUUGCAAAUCCUCUACCGCAAGAGAAAUCAGAAUGUUCUGAAGCUGAGAUUGUUCAUCAAAUAAAGGUAUCUGAUUGUGACACGGUUGGUUCAGGAUUGGCAUCCAAAAGCACGGAAUUACAUUCUUCCUUGGUGAUGGAGGAAGAUAAAGUUGAUGUAUCAUCUGAAACUUAUAACAAGGAAUCAAAUCCUUUAGAAGCUGAGAUUGAUCAUCAAAUUGAGGCAUCUACAGAUAUUUCUGGAAGCUGUGCUGCUGAGAUUGUAAGUGUAUCUCAAGUCCCAAAUUCCUCAGCAUCAAUCGAAAAGGAGGAAGGCUUAUCUGAGAAAGCUAUAGAUGGAAUCACUGCUGGAAUGCAGGCUGCUGUAGGAGAUGGAAUGGAUAUUUCAUCUAUAUGCUCUUCAGCAGCAGUGAGUGAGCAUGUUGAGUGCUUGUCUGAGAAGGAUUUAAUUGGCAACUCUGAAGCUGAUGCCACGAAACAGAAAGAUCAAGUCUUGCAAGAAGAAAAUGCACCGAAAGAUGGAGAAAUAAAGGAGUAAUCAAGUGCCUGAAUUUCAGGACCUAAGGAACAUUCUUCAAAAUUCAGAUUGUAAAUGGAAGUGCCCUUGAGAAGAGAAUAGCUAGAAGCCCAAUAAUCUGAAACGAAGUAAUGAAAUCAGUCCCUGUAUAUAUUAUAUAUAUAUCAUAUGUAGGGGUUAUUUUGUACAUAUUAUGUUGUAAUUUAUCCUACUGGUCUUCCUUGUAGUUGAUAUAUUUUGUCCAAUGACCAAGAUUCCUCCAAUUAGUUAUUUUUGUCAGAUGACCAUUUUGUUGAAACAGUAUCGCGACAACUAUUUCAAUGGCACCAUUCCAAGGUUGAUUUAUCGUAGAA